CAAGUGGUCGUGGAGAUUUUGUUCCAUAAUUUCAGUGUGUUUGUCCUUGCCGUGGGAGGAAAGACACUAGUUAGCAUGCAUUCAACUAACGGAAGGUUUAAAGGAGAGAACAAUGUGGUCGCAAAAGGGAGGCGGGACGUAGUCCAAGGAAGGUGAUGGAGAUACGGUUGGAAUGAGGAAGGGUGUGGUCUUCAACUGAAAUUUGCAUAAAACUGAACCCUUCGGCAACUAGGACUUUACGCAUUUAUUGGCAGCCCCUGAUGCCUCCCAGAGCAUGCCGGGAGAUGUAGUUUCAAGUUUGGUUGCUAUGGCGUUCUCUACAGCUUCCGAGAGUCGGAGAGUCUCCUAGAGUGACGAGCGGCCUGACCAAUGGGAGCAUCGCCUGGCCCAGAGGGGGCGGGCUCUCCGCAGAAGGCCUUGAAGGUGGCGGUGGUGGAGGUGCAGGCCGUUGGGGCGUCUUGGAAGCAGGUGACUAUGAAAGGCUUAUAUUUUCAACGGAGUUCUACAAGUGAAGAACUAACAUUUGUCUUCCAAGAAAGGGAAAAUCUUCCUGUUACAGAGGAUAACUAUGUGAAACUUCAAGUUAAAGCUUGUGCUCUGAGCCAGAUAAAUACAAAGCUCCUGGCAGAAAUGAAGAUGGAGAAGGAUUUCUUUCCUGUUGGGAGAGAAGUUGCUGGAAUUGUGCUAGAUGUUGGAAGCAAGGUAUCAUUCUUCGAACCAGAUGAUGAAGUAGUUGGAAUUUUACCCCUGGAUUCUGAAGACCCUGGACUUUGUGAAGUUGUUCGAGUCCACGAGCAUUACUUGGUUCACAAACCAGAAAAAGUUACGUGGACAGAAGCUGCUGGAACCAUUCGGGAUGGAGUACGAGCCUACACAGCUUUGCAUUACCUUUCUCAUCUCUCUCCUGGAAAGUCAGUGCUAAUCAUGGAUGGAGCAAGUGCUCUCGGUACGAUAGCUAUUCAGUUAGCACACCACAGAGGAGCCAAAGUGCUUUCAACAGUGUGCAGUCUUGAAGACAAGCAGUGUCUUGAAAGAUUUAAGCCUCCUAUAGCCCGCGUGAUCGACGUAUCCAAUGGGAAAGCCCAUGUUGCCGAAAGCUGUUUAGAAGAAACAGGUGGCCUCGGAGUAGAUAUUGUCCUAGAUGCUGGAGUGAGAUUAUAUAGUAAAGAUGAUGAACCAGCUGUAAAAUUACAACUGCUACCACAUAAACAUGAUAUCAUCACCCUUCUUGGUGUUGGAGGCCAUUGGGUAACAACAGAAGAAAACCUGCAGUUGGAUCCUCCAGAUAGCCAUUGCCUUUUCCUCAAGGGAGCGACACUGGCUUUCCUUAAUGAUGAAGUUUGGAAUUUGUCAAAUGUACAACAGGGAAAGUAUCUUUGUAUCUUAAAAGAUGUGAUGGAGAAGUUAUCAACUGGUGUUUUUAGACCUCAAUUGGAUGAACCUAUUCCACUAUACGAGGCAAAAGUUACCAUGGAAGUUGUUCAGAAAAAUCAAAGAAGAAAGAAGCAAGUUGUUCAAUUUUAAUUUUGUUCUUUCUCAGACCUCAGUUGGAUGAACCUAUUCCAGUAUUUGAAGCCUGAGUUGCCUUGGAAAUUGGGAAAAGUUAAGGAAGAUAAAAGCAAGUUUUUACAUUUUUUAAGCAUAUUUCCUGCUGAGACAAGAUGCUCAGGGUUAUUUGAAGUAUUUGAGAAGUAUUUGAAAAAAUACUCAAGACAAUUCUAAAAUUAGCAUCUAAAGGGAAUAUUCUAAAAGCCUUUUUAGUUAUUGUUUCUAUAUAUUUGCCUCUUCUAAAAUUCUUUCCAUGAUGAAAACUGCUUUAAGCAGAAGCCAUGCUACUAUCUAUAAAGCUGUUGGAAUCUCCUGCUGUAUCAAAAUAACAUUACUUUUGUAUUACACUCUCUUCUCAAUACCUUCCUUCUUUAACAAGCCUUUGCUGUCCUAACCUAAUCAUUUGAAUAUAUCUUCAAGCCUGAAAGGAUCUAGCCCAUAGCAACUUAA